AUGACACUGUCGUCUCCGGACAUUCAGGGUCCCCCCCCCCCUGCUCUCACUGUGCCUGCCCAGGCAGGCGAAGAUUAUUCCCCAGCAUCACCUCCUCGUCCCAACCUUUAUGAGGUGGAUGCCCACGGGCCUCCUCGGGAGCUGACAACUCCCGAGCGCCAGGCACUCUGGGAGGCCGAGUUGGCACGAACACCAACUCCUCCUCCGAUGGCUGACAAGGUCGUCGACUCGAUCCUGGAUGCCCCUCGACAGGGCACUCCCGUUUAUCGGCUGGAGGUUCAGCCAUUGACGCCCCCUCCUUGGUGGAGGAACUGUCAAACUCCUCCACCCCCUCCUCCCGAUCACCACCUUCCAACAAAUGGUGAGAUCGCUGGUUGGGCCGAGAGAUUCAUCGUUGCCAACGUUGUGGCCCAGAUCGCGGCCCAGCACUACCCCUUGGAUUGGGAUGUGCCUCAUGGUUCGAUCCCCGAGUGCUGCUUGCAUUGCCUGGCCAUGUUGCGCCUGACUGAAGGCUGCAUGCCAUGGCCUAGUUGGCAAUGCCAUCAGUGCUUCAACUUGGUUGCUUUGCUUCCAUGUUCACCAACCCAUUUGGUGAGUGCAACUGAAUUCCCUGUGCUUGUACGCACUGUUACCUCGCUGGGUUGGGUCACUGUGAGCGUGAUAUUCCUGCCCAUCUGGCCACGGGGCUCGCAUCAGGCAGAGCAGGCCCACUUGACCAUGGUGGGUGGAGAUGGUCCAGGUCUUAUUCGUUUGGAAGAGCGAACUUUCGACCCUGUCAUGACUGGUGGUUGGGUGACCACAAUGCGGGUGGUCUUCCAUCUUUGCCGGCCAGGAUUGCCUCAUGAGUCAGUCACCGAGUCUGGCAGUCCUCCGGACCCUAUUGAUGAGUGGGUGGCCCCCACCGAGGAGGAGCUGGUGAUUCAUUCGUCUCUUGCUCCUCCUCCUCCUCCUUCCUCCUAUGUCAACAUGUAG